GCGAGGCUGGGCGGCUGCGGGAGAGCGAGGCGAGCUGGGGGGUGGGAAGGCUUUGCAAAGCCAACGGAGCUGGGGAGCCCGGAGGGGGCUCAGGCUGCGGGGGAUCGGGACCGCGAGGGCCCCCACCCACCCACCCACCCGGCGCCUUCUCUCCGGUUGCGCCCUUGGGUGCAGCAGGGUGGACUCCGGCGCGCGCUCUCGCCUGGCACCGGCACCGGCACCGUGCGGGGGACCCAGCGGCGCUCCAGCGUUUCCUCCGGAGCCUGCUCAACUUUGGUGCCUGCAGCCGGCCGGGUGCCUUCCUCGGCCAGGGCAUCUCUGGCGCAGGUCCCUCCUCUUCCACCCCCGGAGGCUUCCUGGGCGAGGAUGUGCUAGAUCGGGGCUUCUCUCUCUCUCUCUGCCCACCUCCCCACCCCCCCGGGGAGAUCGCUGCUGCGCCUUGGCUUGGCUGGGAGGCGUCUCCUGCAGAGAGGAAAGCAGAAGGAGAAACGCUAGAAACCCCUUCCUGCCGAAGCUGCGAUCGCAAACAGAGGCGCAGUAACGUGUGAAUGUCUAGGACUGGAAAGCAGGUCGGCUGCAGCUGGUGGGAAGGCGGAGGACCGCGGACGGGAGUUGCGCCGACGCUUGCCGAGGAUUGCUGUGUAGCCCUGGAGGAUCUCUCCCCUAGCCAGGAAGAGACCAGCUGCUGGACCCUGCGUUUGUCUGAAUCGCUGGCUCUUGGAGGAAGGGAAAGGUUUGGGAGGAGGGGGGAGGAAGGGUGGGGCGCACAAGGUAGGGGGUGGGGGCUUGGGGGGCAGGGAGUAGGACACCCCACCCACCCCCUCCUCCUGGAUUGCGUUUUAUUACAAAGGCGCGUGAGAAAAAAUGUGUUUUCCAGUCGGGAGGUUGUUUUUUUUAAGCUCGGGAGAAAUGGGGCCAUCGGGGAAACUGGUGGGUUUGACCUCCUCUUAAUCCAAGAAGGUCCAAGGGAGAGGAGAUUAGACCCCUUUCUCUGGCCUGCCCUUCCAUCCACGAAUAUUCCCUUCCCAAUGUGAAGUUGUCAAACUUUUGAUUCCCGUUUGAAAACCCCCACCCCCAAUUAUUUCCCUUCCUUCUGUCACUCCCCAGCCUCAACUUGCAGAGGCUGAGAUCAAGAAAGACGCCCCCUCCCCUGUGCAAGAAUGCACCAUGUUUCUUCUGAGGAAGGGAUGUGGCAACUGUAGGUAGCUGACCAUGUGGAGCGGGGCCCAGGAAGGUGAUACAAACUGUUAAGGAAAGCAAGAUCUGGACAGGUUUUUCCCCACAAGUGGAAAGGGGGGGGGAGAGAAGUUGCUUUCAGCAUCACGGAGAGCCAACAUGGGCUGCGCUCCUAGCAUCCAUAUCUCGGACAGCAGGGUGGUCUACCACAGCAACAAAGAGCUGGAGGACUCGAACUCCUCGCAACCGCAACAGGGCCACCCUGUCUCUGGAUUAUUCAUUAAAUCCUCCAACACCUCCACGUACAAAUUAAGGACGAACCCCUCCAAGAAGGAUAAGCGGAGCAUGGAAGUGGAGACUCAGGCCGGCAAGUCCAGUGUGAAGGCAGCGGGAACAGCUGUGCAGUUUGGCCCUAUGCGACUCCACCAAGAUCAACUUCAGGUUCUUUUAGUGUUUGCCAAAGAAGACAACCAGAGCAACGGCUUCUGCUGGGCCUGUGAGAGAGCUGGAUACCGGUGUCAUGUUGCCAAGACGCCCGAGUCUGCUCUCGAGUGUUUCCUGGAUAAGAACCAUGAUAUCAUCAUUAUUGAUCAUAGACAUUCGAGAUACUUUGAUGCAGAAUCACUAUGCAGGUCCAUCAGAUCAACAAAAUCAGCUGAAAAUACUGUUAUAAUUGGUGUCGUGCGAAGACAUGCAGAUCGUGAAGAAUCCUCAAUAUUGCCCUUCAUUUCUGCUGGCUUCACAAGGAGGUAUGUAGAAAACGCCAACAUCAUGGCCUGUUACAACGAACUCAUCCAACUGGAAUUUGGAGAAGUGCGGGCACAAUUUAAACUAAGGGCUUGUAAUUCAAUAUUUACAGCAUUAGAGAAAAGUCAAGAAGCCAUUGAGAUCACAAGCGAAGACCAUGUAAUACAGUACAUAAAUCCUGCAUUUGAAACAAUGUUGGGCUACGAAAGAGGCGAAUUAAUAGGAAAGGAAUUAACAGAAGUGCCUAUAAAUGAAAAAAAAGCUGAUCUCCUUGAAACUAUUAAUUCUUGCAUCAAGAUCGAAAAGGAAUGUCAAGGAACAUAUUAUGCCAAAAAGAAAAAUGGAGAGAGCAUUCAGCAAAAUGUGAAAGUAAUACCUGUCAUCGGACAGGGAGGAAAAAUUAGACACUAUGUGUCACUUAGCAGCGCGUGCAACGACAAUAAUAAGGCCGAAAGGAUUUGUGAACGUGUUCAGGCUGAGUCCCAGACAGAUAUCCAGUCUUGUAGACACAAAGACAGAAGGAAAGGUUCUUUAGACGUCCGAUCGACCACGUCUCGGGGCAGCGAUGGUAGUUCACAGAGAAGGCACUCGUCUAUGGCCAGGAUACAUUCCAUGACUAUUGAAGCACCUAUUACUAAGGUGAUAAAUAUAAUCAAUGCUGCACAAGAAAGCAGUCCCAUGCCGGUAGCUGAAGCUUUAGAUCGAGUCCUUGAGAUUCUGAGGACCACUGAGCUAUACUCUCCGCAGCUUGGGACAAAAGAUGAAGACCCUCAUACAAGUGACCUUGUCGGAGGCUUGAUGACGGAUGGUCUACGAAGACUAUCUGGGAAUGAGUAUAUAUUAUCAGCAAAACAAACUCAUCAGGUUCCAGGCAGCUUAAUCUCACCUAUCUCCCUUAAUGAUAUACCACCACGAAUAGCACAAGCGAUGGAAAACGAAGAAUACUGGGACUUUAAUAUCUUUGAAUUAGAAGCAGCGACCCACAAAAGGCCGUUGGUUUAUCUUGGUCUGAAAAUGUUUGCUCGCUUCGGGAUCUGUGAGUUCCUCAACUGCUCCGAAUUGACUCUGAGGUCAUGGCUGCAAAUCAUCGAAGCCAAUUAUCACUCGUCCAAUUCUUACCACAAUUCGACCCACGCUGCUGAUGUUCUCCACGCCACAGCUUAUUUCCUUUCUAAAGAAAGGGUAAAACAAACUUUGGAACCCAUGGAUGAAGUUGCUGCCCUCCUGGCUGCCACCGUUCACGACGUGGACCAUCCAGGUCGGACAAAUUCUUUCCUGUGCAAUGCAGGAAGUGAGCUGGCGAUUUUGUACAACGACACGGCUGUGCUGGAGAGCCAUCAUGCUGCUUUGGCCUUCCAGCUCACCACACGGGACGAUAAAUGCAAUAUUUUUAAAAACAUGGAGAGGAAUGAAUACCGAACGCUCCGGCAGGCCAUAAUUGACAUGGUCCUGGCGACGGAAAUGACCAAGCACUUUGAGCACGUCAACAAGUUUGUCAACAGCAUCAAUAAGCCCCUGGCAGCCCUUGAAGAGACUGGGAGUACGAGCAGUGAAGGCGAAUCCAUCAAAAAUGUCCUCACGUCUCCCGAAAACCGAAUCCUGAUUAAGCGGAUGCUGAUUAAGUGCGCCGAUAUUUCUAAUCCAUGUCGGCCUCUGGAGCAGUGCAUCGAGUGGGCCGGUCGCAUCUCUGAGGAAUAUUUUGCACAGACCGAUGAAGAGAAAAGGCAAAAUUUGCCCGUGGUGAUGCCUGUUUUCGACAGGAAUACUUGCAGUAUCCCCAAAUCUCAAAUAUCGUUCAUUGAUUAUUUCAUCACCGACAUGUUUGAUGCUUGGGACGCAUUUGCAGACCUGCCAAAUUUGAUGCAACACCUGGACAACAACUUCAAAUACUGGAAGGGGCUGGAUGACAGGAAGCUACGGACUCUUCGGCCCCCUCUUGAAUAGCCAUUACCCCCUCCACGACACACCCACAACCAAAUACAUACUUUUGCUCACCUGGAAAAAUAUAAGCCUCCGAGUCCAGAUUUGAUGGUGCGUUUUCAGAUUGAUUUGGUUCUCUUCAGUAUUACAGUAAGGCCUGCCCGUACACAUCUUGGGGAGACUUUGGUGUUCGAGAAAGCCCUUGAGAUUAUCAGUAAGCACCUGGUCACUGCCAUAUCGAGACUUGGUAUCUAGUAAAGCUUUUCAAGUUUAAUUACACUGGAUUGCUGCAGUGCCUAUACUGGAGAGGGUUGAUGAGCAAAUCUUUUUUUCCUCUUUUUCUCUCAUCCCCCCCCCCCCCGGCAUUCUCUUUGUGUCAGAAUGUGAAGUUUGAAGAUAGCCUCCUCUGAAAGUCUGAACAAGAGACGGUGAAAAUCCCGUGUCGACGGCAGAUGCGUGCGUAACGAUUACAAGUGUGCUUUUUAAACGAGCACUCGAAAGUUACGUCAAACUAUCCAAUAUUUGACACUUUUUGUGAAGGAGGUUUUUUUUUUGAUCUUCUGAAAAACGGACCUAUCUUUUUUAAUAUCACAGAAGGUGCGAAAUCAUUCACUACUGAGAGCAAGGUCUCUUAAAAGAAAUUUCGUAGCAAAUGUUGACAAAACAACAAGCCAGCCCAACCCUGUGCAUUUUUUUUUUGGAAGUUGAUUGUUAGGCCUCUAUGAUUAAAAUGUGUUUUAUUUAUUUUGUCAGAUGUUUAAUAUUUUCUAUGAAUUUAUAAAAAAAAAGACUUUAAAAGCCAAAGCCAACUUUAGACGCAUUACAGACUUACAUGAUUCAUACUCGUUAUGCAUUUAAUUGACGUACAAAAACCUUUUAUUUUCAUAAUGCAAAACACCGUACAAAUGAGGGGAGGACACAUUUUUAUUGCACUGUAAGGAUAGAUGCAUAUGUUGAAAUAUUGUCCAAUUCUAUGUUAAUUAAAGUAAGUUUUUUU